UUACUGCCCCACACACACUUGUAGUGUGCGUAUACAUUUGUGUCUUCCUCAAAACCUUGAAAAAAGAUUAAUAAUAAUUAUAAUCAAUGGCUACUGCAAUUGCAGCUUUAUUAAAGAAAUCAAGAAUCUCCAAGAUUUCAUCUUUACUGCUUGUGAGAAGCUUAAUCAAGACACCCAAUGUGACAAACACAGUGUUUUCAGAAACCCCAUAUCGAAUUUUAGAUAAAGGAUUGAUUUUUAGUAAUUGUGUGGCAAGAGGUUACCAUGAUGGGAGGCCUAGAGGGUCACUUUGGAGGGGGAAGAAGCUGAUUGGGAAAGAAGCGAUUUUUGUGAUUUUAGGGUUGAAGAGAUUCAAGGAUGAUGAGGAGAAGCUUGGGAAGUUUGUGAAAAGUCAUGUUUUGAGGUUGUUGAAGAUGGAUAUGGUGGCUGUUCUUAAUGAGCUUGAACGCCAAGAAGAGGUUUCUUUGGCUGUUAAGAUGUUUUGGGUGAUUAAAAAGCAAGAUUGGUAUAGGCCAGAUGUUUAUCUGUACAAGGACUUGAUUAUUGCAUUAGCUAAAAGCAAAAAAAUGGAUGAGGCAAUGCAGUUAUGGGAUAGCAUGAGAAAGGAAAAUUUAUACCCUGAUUCCCAAACUUACACCGAAGUCAUACGGGGCUUUUUGCGGAAUGGGUCUCCUGCAGACGCUAUGAAUAUUUUUGAAGACAUGAAACAAUCUCCAGAUCCUCCGGAGGAGUUACCUUUUAGAAUUCUGUUGAAGGGGUUAUUGCCGCAUCCUCUUCUGAGAAACAAAGUCAAACAAGAUUUUGAGGAGAUUUUUCCUGAUCAACGUAUUUAUGAUCCGCCAGAAGAGAUAUUUGGACUGCGCUGAGGUUGUUGAGGUUGCCCUCCGACACGGCAGGUUCAUAGCCAUUCAUUAGGGUUUUAUCUAGGGUCAAAGGAUGGGCGUCACAUGAAAGUUCUUCUUACUAGUUGAGUCCUACAUAGAAUUUUUUUUAAUUGCUUUGAAAAGUGGACUGAACAGAAAGGCGAGGCUCUAGUUGUAGUUUCAUUGCUAUUGGCUUGAUGUACUUCAUACAUGGCAACUAUCACCUGAUUCCCCUGCCUGAAUGAUGAAGUAUCAGGAGACACAUUCACCAGAGACAGGUAUUUUUAUUUGAAUGAUAUAUAUGCAAAUGUGAAUGGCCGCCAGAAGAAGGUAAUUUUAAUGUAAUACAGAGGAUAAAUUAUAUUCGUUUGCUGGUGGAAAAUCAAGGCAACAAAAAUGUUGGUUUAGUCAGAACAGCGGAUAUACCAUAACCUGCUUCUGUAAGUUGGACUCAUUUGUGUCAUAUUUAUUUUUAUGUCCUUCCAAGUUCAUCUUAUCA